UCUGCCCUGCCGCGCCGCGACGAUGGCCUCCCGCCUCCUCCGCCUCCACAGCCAUUUCCGGCGCCGCCGCCACGGCGCGAGCCCGGCUCCACCCAGGCCCCUGUCCUCCUCCUCUGCCCCGGACCCGCCGGCGGUGGACAAGGUGCUGGUGGCCAACCGGGGCGAGAUCGCGUGCCGGGUCAUGCGCACCGCGCGCCGCCUCGGCAUCCCCACCGUCGCCGUCUACAGCGACGCCGACCGCGCCGCGCUGCACGUGCGCGCCGCCGACCAGGCCGUCAGGAUCGGCCCGGCCCCCGCGCGGGAGAGCUACCUCAACGCCGCCGCCAUCGUCGACGCCGCGCUCCGCACCGGCGCAAAGGCUAUCCACCCUGGCUACGGUUUUCUUUCAGAGAGCGCUGAUUUCGCGCAGCUCUGUGAAUCCGAGGGGCUUACGUUCAUUGGGCCUCCACCAUCUGCAAUCCGAGAUAUGGGUGAUAAGAGUGCAUCAAAGAGGAUCAUGGGUGCUGCUGGCGUACCGCUUGUUCCAGGCUACCAUGGGGCUGACCAAGAUAUCGAGUUGUUAAAACUUGAGGCUGAUAAGAUUGGAUAUCCAGUUCUGAUAAAGCCUACCCAUGGUGGAGGGGGCAAGGGGAUGAGAAUAGUUCAAGGGCCUGAUGACUUCGUGGAUUCUGUACUGAGUGCUCAACGUGAAGCGGCGGCAUCAUUUGGUAUAGACACGUUGUUGAUCGAGAAGUAUAUUACUCAACCCAGACAUAUAGAAGUCCAGGUAUUUGGUGACAAACAUGGAAAUGCUAUACACCUUUACGAGAGAGACUGUAGUCUACAAAGAAGGCAUCAGAAGAUUAUCGAGGAAGCACCAGCUCCAAAUGUGACAGCAGAGUUUCGGGCUCAUAUUGGUAAAGCUGCCGUGUCUGCUGCGAAGGCAGUUGGUUACUACAGUGCUGGAACAGUGGAGUUUAUUGUGGAUACUCUUUCAGGAGAAUUCUAUUUCAUGGAGAUGAAUACUCGACUGCAGGUUGAACAUCCAGUAACAGAGAUGAUCGUUGGUCAAGAUCUUGUGGAGUGGCAAAUACGUGUUGCAAAUGGAGAACGCUUACCAUUAUCUCAGGAGCAGGUCCCGUUAAAUGGACAUGCAUUUGAAGCCCGAAUAUAUGCUGAAAAUGUUCCAAGAGGAUUUCUUCCUGCAACAGGAACUUUACAUCACUAUCAACCAGUUCCGUCUUCCACAACAGUAAGAGUUGAAACUGGAGUUGAACAAGGAGAUACUGUCAGCAUGCAUUAUGAUCCCAUGAUAGCCAAACUCGUAGUUUGGGGUGAAAGUCGCAAUGCUGCACUAGUCAAGCUAAAGAACUCCUUGUCAAACUUUCAGAUUGCAGGUUUGCCUACAAAUAUUGCUUUCCUUCAAGAACUCGCGGGCCAUAGUGCAUUUGAAAGAGGCCUAGUUGAUACACAUUUCAUUGAGCGUUACAAAAAUGAUCUUCUAAAUUCUGCUGCUAAGGCCUCGGGUGAAGCACAUGAGGCAGCUGCGGUUGGUGCAAUGUUGGCUGCAGCCUGCAUUUGCAGAAAGGAUCACAUUAUCUCUGAAGAAUCCCUUCGUGACAAGACACUUUCUGUAUGGUAUUCCCGUCCACCUUUCAGAAUGCAUCACUCGGCGAAGCGUCUAAUGGAAUUUGAGUUUGAUAAAGAACUUGAGGGGUCGAGUGAUGAGCUUCUCAAAUUGUUGAUUACAUAUAGAUCUGAUGGAAGCUACUUCAUCGAGACUGAAGAUGGCUCUUCUCCUGGCUUGGAUAUCAAAGUAGAUGAUAAGGGUGAACAGGAUUUCCGGGUUGAUAUUGGUGGUGUGCAAACAGACGUGACAUUAGCAUUUUAUUCAAAGGAUAAUAGCAAACAUAUACACAUCUGGCAUGGGAAACAUCAUCAUCAUUACAGGCAGACCAUAAGAACUGAGGAGUUACUUGAUGAUAGUUCUCAACCUAGCCAUGUUUCCGAGGGAAGGUCACAUCCAAAAGGAAGUGUUUUGGCGCCAAUGGCUGGUUUGGUUGUGAAGGUUUUGCUUAAGGAUGGGGCACAGGUGGAUGAUAAUCAGCCUGUCAUGGUUAUAGAAGCAAUGAAGAUGGAGCAUGUUGUGAAGGCGCCUCGUGCUGGUUACAUAGAAGGGCUGAAGGCCACUGCUGGACAACAAGUUUUUGACUCCAGUGUCCUUUUCACUGUUAAGGAUAAGAGCACAAACUGAUGAAACAACAAAUCAUACCCUGUCGUGACCUGUACCUUUCAAUGUACAGAUGCUUCAGAAUUCGACUCCUGCCUUUGCUGUCCAGAAAGAAGAAUAAGCAAACAAGCAGCUGGAGAUCAUCAUGUGACCAAAUAAUGCUAGCUGAUCUCCCUAGUGCAUGUAGCUAGAGCUCGCCUCUCGAUGCAUCCAUUUCCUGUAUAGCGUGUAUGUUACUUUGCAUGGUGGUUAAUGUGAGAACCCGCAUAUAUGUGUAUACCAAUUGGUCUGCCAUGCAUUGUCAAGUAGGGACAUUAUUUUUAUCGAGAAACCCACGUAUGCGUUUUACUAA